AGGCCACGGUGACAAAAAUAUCGCGAAUCGCCUGAUAUUUUGAGCGUACGAGGAGUGUGGGCGUGCGUGCCUGCCAAGUCUAUCCAACUGAAACAAGCGAGCGAGAAAGGCAAGUAGGUCCACCAACCAGCAGCCGAGUCCCAUCGAUGGCGACGCCUCCCAAUCCCAACGAGAUAAACACGCCGCGCGCCCCGCCGCCACCAUCCGCAUCCACCAUUCCAUUCACCAUUCCACCCCUCGCCCGCGGAUUCUUGGAACGCUUUGCUGCUGCUCGCGCAUGGUGGAUUGGUGGGGCUAGUGCUAGCGAUCGCGAGGAGGAGGAGGACGGCAAGAUUGGCGGCCAUGCUGAGGGCGGUGCGGCCUGCGCCGUCGGCGGCGGCGGGGCCCGCCGCACCGCCGGGCGACGGCGAGGCGCGCGCCUGCUACGGCAUCGUGGUGGCGUGCGUGUCGCUGCUGCUGCUGUGCGCGCUCGUCUCCGCCGUCGGCGUCGCCAGGGCCUUCGCCGCCACCGGGGUGCUCGUCCUGCUGCUCGGCCUCGCCGGCUGGCUCGCGCCCACGGACGCCUUCGCCGUCGCGCUGGCCCCCGAGCUCUACGCGGGGAACGCCGGCGGCGGCGGCGGUAGCGCCCGCGCGGCGCCGGCGGUGCGGCUGCAGGUGCGCCGGUGCGCGUCGUGCGGGCUCGCCGCCCAGGCCAUCGACGCGCUGCCCGCGUUCGCGUACGAGCCCCCCGCCGCCGACGUCGAGGACGGCGGCGAGGGCAAGCCGCGCGGCGGCGGCGCGCUGUGUGCGGUGUGCCUGGAGGACGUCGUGGCCGGCGAGACGGUGCGGCGGCUGCCGUCGUGCGGGCACCUCUUCCACGUGGACUGCAUCGACAUGUGGCUGCACGCGCACCGGACUUGCCCGCUCUGCCGCCGCGACCUCUCGCCGGAGAAGGUCACCGCGAAAUCCUCCGCCGCCGCCGCGACGGUCUCCUCCACCGACGUGCUGCCGCCGGUGUGAAACGCUAAUUCACCUUGCUUGGUGUUCACUACUAACAUCACCUAGUGUUGUUAUUACUGCGUCACUGUACAUUAAUUCCGAAUGUUCUACCACUUGGUAUACUAACUAAUUAGCAUUUCCAAACCAGAAAAGUGUGCCCUGUAACCGUGUUCUGUAACCCAUUAUUUUCGGGAUCAACAGGACAUAAUAAUCAA